AUUAGAAAGAAAAGGAGAAAAAGGAAAAGGUGUAACAGGUUCAACAUCAGUUAAAUAAAAUGCAACGCAACGAGAAGAGCAACGUCUGAAUCGUGGAUGUUGAUUCCGUAUUGACAGAAACAGUUUAGUUAGAGGAGAUAAAUUUACAAUCUUCAUUUCUGAACAAGACAAUAUUUAACGCGGUGAAUAUAAAGGAUAAAACUGAUAUUUUGAUCCUUAUAUCUUAAUUAUUUUGAUGAUGUUCACUAAUAAGAAAAAUAGCUUGCCAGAGAGGCCUCACAUGCCAAGCCAUGAACAUAUGUUGGAAGACCUCGAUAAAGCUAUGGUAGACGACGUAGCGUUUAAAAUCGCAAGUGAGUUAUACAUGAAAGAGUCUUACAAUUCAACAAGUGUUAAUAACACUGAUGAUAUAUACAAACAAGUGAAAACUUAUUUGAGUACCAAACAGCAGUUAAAGCAGUUGGAAUGCAUCUUAAAGAAAGAGAGUCAACAAAUGCAUGCAAAUAACGAAGAAAUAAAGAAGCUUGCAGAUGACAUUAGGAAACAAGCGAAAGCUGCUCUAGUAACUUAAGGAAAUAAAUUCAUAUU